CAGCAGAAUCCACCCCGCCACUGACCGGCCUCGGACUUGCUAACCAGCAUGGAAAAGAGGUAUUUGACUCACUGGUUCCCUUCAGUAUAUCUUCAAUCCGCUUUCUUCUUUCCUGCUAUUAGUGAAAUCAGUCUUUGCUUUUACCCGUUGGAUCAAUUACGCUCUUAUUGCCUUUCAUGAUCCAGGAGGAAGACUUCUUCAAUUGCCCCCACUCUUCGAUAUCAUUAUUGCUGUAUCAUGAUACUCCUGUACCAUUCAGAACUGAAUUAAUACUGCUCAUUCAUCAUGUCUCAAACCCGCCAUGAAGAAUCCUCAGUCCCUCAGCCCGAUCAUUCCUCUCAAUUGAGUCGCCACGAUGAUGCACAAUCCAUACAUUCAAUCAGCACCACGGACGAGAAUCCACACUUAUCACAUACCCGAACCAACAUCUCCACACAUGAUGCUCCCAUACAGCACUACUCCUCAUUUGUAGAAGUUCCGGAUGAAGUAUACGACAGGCUAUCGCCAUCUCGCAAAAUUGUCAUCGUGGCUCUCCUGUCCUUUUGCUCAUUCCUGGCACCAAUAUCCUCAACGACAAUCCUAGCGGCCGUUCCUGAAGUAGCUUCUACGUACAGCAGCACCGGUACGAUCAUCAACUUGAGCAAUGCCCUCUACAUGCUCUUCAUGGGAGUAUCGCCCUGUUUCUGGGGUCCUCUCAGCCAAGUCUACGGCCGUAGAUGGGUAAGUUCGCUCUGCCCACUUGCCCAUAUACCUCUAACCAGAUCCAGAUCUGUCUUAUAACAGCAGCUCUUUUCUGUGGCUGUUCACUAGGCACCGCUCUCGCUCCAAACCUCCCAGCUUAUUUCGUCUUCCGCAUCCUGACUGCCUUUGAGGGAACCUCAUUUCUCAAUGUCGGUGCCUCUUGCAUCGGCGACAUCUACCGUCCCACGGAACGAGCAACAGCAAUGGGAUGGUUCUUGUCAGGAACGCUAAUUGGACCAGCUUUUGGACCUUUCAUCGGAGGUAUCAUAGUAACUUUCAAAUCUUGGCGGGUGAUUUUCUAUCUGCAAACCGCACUCGCCGGAGUAGCUCUGAUAGGCGCAUACUUCCUUCUUCCAGAAACAGCACACCACAUGAAGGCCGAUGACCUUGUUGGAUUGCCAUUGAGGACUAAAGCGCGGGUUUUGGGAGGGAUGCUGAACCCUUGGCGUGUGCUGAGGCUCUACAAGUAUCCCAACUUGAUCAUGGUUGCUCUGGCUUCAAGUUCGCUUGUGUGGAACAUGUACUCCCUUCUCACCCCUAUCCGAUAUGUCCUUAAUCCUCGGUUCAACCUCAUGACACCUAUCGAAUCGGGUCUGUUUUACCUUGCACCUGGAUGUGGAUAUAUUCUCGGCACCUUCUUUGGGGGACGAUAUGCAGACUACAUUACCAUCAAAUGGAAGGCUAAGCGAGGUGGAAACCGAGUACCCGAGGACCGUCUCCGCUCUGCACUUCCUUUCAUGGGCGUGGCUAUUCCAAGCUGUAUGUUGAUAUACGGAUGGUCGAUCGAGAAACGCUUUGGCGGUAUUGCGUUGCCUGUCAUCAUGAUGUUCUUCCAGGGUGUGGCGCAGCUCUUCUGCUUCCCAAGUUUGAACACAUACUGUCUCGACGUGAUGCAGAGUCACAGCGCCGAAGUUAUUGCUGGGAACUAUGUUAUCCGAUAUAUGUUUGCUGCGUUGGGCAGUGCAACUGUUUUGCCUGCGGUAGAGAAGAUUGGUGUUGGUUGGUUUUCGACGAUCAGUGCAGGCCUUUUGGUGGCCAGUAGCUUGGCUACGUAUGCUGCUGUGCUGUGGGGUGUUGGAUGGAGAGAUAAGGUGGAUCAGAAGAGGAGGGCAAAGAGGAGACAGAAGAUGAACGGAGAGGAAAUUGUUGAGAAAGAAGCCGUGGUGAAAGGAGACAAGGAUAAUAAAGACAUUGUUUAAGACCAGAAAUUUGGCGGUAGAUGAAAAAUUAAAGCAAGAAACAAGUAGUGUAUAGAGCUGUGUGAAAAUAUACCUAGGAGAUCUAAGCUCUAGAUAUAACAAAUUAGAAGACAAUAUACAAAAUUCUACAAGAU